UUCUAGAAGUCUGUUCAAGUGUUUAUACCUUCAGUGGUAUUCGUGAAGCGUAACUAAGACCAUUUCCUGUUGAUAAAACCUGUUUUUGAGAUAAUAUCAGUGCAGCGAGGCAGACCUUGUGUUGGUGUUUGUUGCGAGCAGCGUUAUUCUAACUUCACAGCGAUUGCUAUUCCCAAGUUCAUUCGAUUCACCUUUUCAUUUCAUCUUAGUCAAGCAGCCCAACUAAACCUUCAUCACGUAGUUGUUUUAUGCUCUAUUGGUUGACCAGGAAUUAUUUUGGUACAAGAAGAAUUCCUGUUUUCCUGCUUUCCUGCUUUCAUAACCCCCAGACUUAAUUCUUUCCAUUUAUUUUGGUGAAACAUGAAAAUACUCUCCACACUAUCCAAGUCUGGCACUUCCAUAUUAUUUUUUAUUCCAGUUUUUAUUUUAAAUUUUUUAUGCGCUAGUUCAAUUUACUUGCCAAACUUUAGGGAUUCAGAAUCAAAUUCCAAUUCAGAUUUAAAUUUAAUCUUUGCAAUAAACAGUUUCUCAAACGGAACCUAUGAUGAGCUAGUCGAGCUUUCAAACUGGUGCUCUGUUGCCUAUUGUAUUUCAACAGCAGGAGAUUUGGAUUUCUUGCUCGACUUGGACUUGAAAGAAGGCAGGUUGAAUUCUUCCUGUCCCAACUUGAGAUUCUGUUCCUAUAAGACCAACAAGUAUGUUGAGAUUAUCAAAAUCUUUGAGCCGAUAACAUUAUCCGAUACAGCAAAAUUAUCUGCCACUGGUUUUAUUGCUAUUGAUCAUCAUCCAUUGGAAAAGAGAAUUUAUUUGGUUUUCAGAGGCUCGUUAUCUGUAACAGAUUGGAUAUCUGACUUGUCUACUCCUUUGGUCAUUUAUAACCCCAUUUUCAAUCAAUCUUCAAUUAUUUGUCAAGAUAUUAACAAUAACUGUCUUAUUCAUCAGGGCUUCUAUAAUUUAAUCAAAAACUUCAAAGACCAGUUUCUAAACGAAAUGCUCCAGUUACAUGAUUUAUAUCCAAACUACCAGGUGAUAAUAACGGGUCACUCCUUGGGUGGAGCAUUGGCUAAUUUAAUCGGUUUUGAGUUCCAACUAUUAAAUAACUGGAACCCUCUAGUGGUAUCUUUUGCUAGUCCUAAAAUUGGCAAUAAAAAUUUAAAUAACGAAAUUGAUUUAAAAUUCAACAGUUUAAAUAAUUUUAAAAAAUUAAACAAUCCAAAAUUUAUUUUGAACUCAAAUUCAAAUUCGAAUUCGAACUUGAAUCCCAAUUCAACUUUUGACUCAAAUAUGCUUAUAAGAGUUGUUCAUGAUGGCGAUUACAUCCCAAAAGUCCCAAUAAAUCCCCUUUACACUCAUAGUGGUAUCGAAUUCAGAAUCAUCAAAAAAAAUCUCCCACAUCUAUACCAAGAUGUCCUUUUGGUGGAUAAAAUCAAUUACAAGACUCAAUCAAAUUCAAAAACUGAGCAGCCUCUUUUUCCAUUUCCACUACCUGAAAAUCCACUGGAAGAUCCUCUGGACAGUUUGAAACCAAGCAAACUCCUCCAUAGCCAAUACCACGCCGAAUAUUUCAUUAAAAUAUACGGUUGCAACAGUACUGAUUCUAUAGUUGACUAUUUUUAAUUAGCUCUCAUAUUCUUAUAUUCUCAUAUUCUCAUAUUCCAAUUGUCUGUUUUGUAUUAUAAUAUGUACUGUUUCUUCUCUUCUAUUCUCUUCUAUUCUAUUCU